AUGCCGCCGCCCACAGACGCGGGCAGCAGCGCGGCCGCCUACCCGCUCUCCCCCGGCCUGCCGCAGCGCUUCUCCUUCAAAAACCACUUCCUCAGCGGCAUCACCCUGCGCCCCUGGCUGCGCCUCCUGCGCCGCCACUGGGACAUCAUCGACUGGCUGGCCUACGGCCACCGCGCCGCAUUCCUGAGCCUCAUGGCCUGCCUCAACUCGCUGCUGUCGCUGGUGGACUCCCUGCUGUACGGCAGAGCCGUCGCGGCGCAGCAGCUGCACCCGCAGCCCGUCAUCAUCCUGGGCCACCCACGCACGGGCACCACGCACAUCCACAACCUGCUGGCGCUCGACCCGCAGUUUGCGUACGCGCGCACCCUGCACGCCGGCUUCCCCGCCUCCUUCCUGGCGCUGGAGCGCUUCAAGUGGCUGCUGGCGGGCCUGGUGGACGACACGCGGCCCAUGGACUUCAUGCCGCUCAGCCUGGACACGCCCGCGGAAGACGAAAUCGCCGUCAGCGCGCUGACGGGCACCGUGUCCGCCUACAUGCCUCUGGUGUUCAUGCGGGACCGGCACCGUUUUGAUGCAUUCUAUACCUUUGAGGGCGCCAGCGAGGCGGAGUUUGACAGCUGGCGCUCCAGCCUGCUGUGGUUCCUGAAAAAGUUAGAACAGCGGCGUGGCCUGCCACAGGUCACGCUGCGCUGGGGCGGCUGUAAGCCGCUGCUCAUCAAGUCGCCGGUGCAUACGGCGCGGCUCAAGCUGCUGCUCAAGCUUUUCCCGCGUGCCCGCUUUGUGUAUGUGCACCGCGACCCGCUGUCCACCUUCCAGUCUGCCGCCCACAUGGCCAACACUUACUACUGGUACUGCUACCUCCAGCGCCCCACCGAUGCGGCUGUCACUGACUUCAUCUUGGAGCAGUUCAGCCUACUGUACCGCAUCUUCACCGCCGACCGCAAGCUUGUACCGCCAGGCAACCUUGUGGAGGUGUCGUUUGCUGAGCUGGACAGCGACCCGCUCGGCACUCUGCGCCGCUUAUAUACCAGCCUGGACCUGGGAGAUUUCCAGGCGGUACGUCCCGCCUUUGAGCGGUACUGCGGCGGCCUGGAGAUGAGCGGGUUCAAGAAGAACAAGCACAGGCCGCUCAGCCCAGAGCUGCGGCGGCGGGUGCAGCAUCUCUGGGAUCCAUUCUACCGAGAGUUUGGAUACCCUUUAGAGGAGGGGGAGGAGGAGGAGCAGCACGCAGCAGAUGCCGCAAGAGGGAGCCAGUUGCAAGCAGAGCAGCACCGAGAUGGUCCAAAUGCCUGCGCAAGGUCAUUGACUUGA